AAACGUUUUUACGUCAGCACGUGUACAGCAGCGGCUGUAGGCAGUAGUUAUCUCCUAGCUUCUGUCCACUACGUGAGGCUCUGCAUGCUCGCUGCCAAAGGGAACAACCACCGGAGAGAAGAGGCGGAGGGGGGACCGCGUUGUUUUCCGCCCUGAAAAAUCAACUUUUCUCAGAGAGUUGUGCGUCGAGCGAUGAGGGCUGCCGUGUGUCUCCAUGGCGGAGAAGUAGGAGGAGGUCAGGGCUUCAUUUUGGCGAUUUGACGCUGCGCGGUCUGAGCUACAUACGUCUGUGGACGUAAAGGAGAAGGUGCCUUUUUGUGGCCACAUAUGCUCCACAGAGUGGGGAGCUGAUCCUAGGAAAUAUGAUUUUCAAGAAUAUUUACCCGAGAACUUGCAGAGCAUGGCUGUCUUUGGUUUCCCCGAGGCAGGAACCGUGUUUCUACUCAACGGUGCCCCCGCAGCCGGUGCCCCCGCUGACCCAGACCCUGCAGGGCUAUCUGAGGGCCCUGGAGCCCCUUCUGCCCCCGGAGGAGCUCAACCACACCCGCAGGAUGGUGCAGGAGUUCGGGAGGUUUGGGGGCCUGGGACAGCAGCUGCAGGAGGGGCUGGAGAGGAGAGCCAGGCUCACCAAGAACUGGGUCUCAGACAUGUGGGUCCAAUGGGCGUAUCUGGAGAGCAGGCAGCCCCUGGCGGUCCACUCCAACCCGGCCAUCUCUCUGCCCCGCAGGGACUACAACGACUGGAGGAGCCAGCUGCUGUUUGCAUCUAAAUUGAUAGCAGCUGUUUUGGACUUCAGAGCCAAAAUGAACAAUGGGCAGCUGCCAGUGGAGUACAUGCGAGGGAAGCCUCUGUGCAUGGAGCUGUACCCGCUCCUCUUCUCCUCCAGCAGGAUUCCCGGACCCAAACACGACUACGUCGCUCACUACAGCAACUCCCGACGCUCGCCGACCCACAUCACCGUGGUCAGGAACUACCAGUUCUUCCAGCUGGAGGUUUACAACAGCGACGGCUCGCGGAUGGCCGAGAGUCAGAUUCACAGUCAGCUGCACAGAAUCAGGUCUCAGUCCUGGAAGACGGACAAGGAGCCCAUGGGCAUCCUGACCAGCGAGCACCGCCACACAUGGGGCGAGGCGUACAACCGCCUGCUGAAAGACAAACUGAACCAGGAGUCGGUGCAGAUAAUUGAGACGGGUCUUUUCUCGCUGUGCUUGGAUUCUCCCGUCAUGAGGAUAUCGGAUGAGAAGUACGCCAGCCGUAAGGCGGCUCAGAUCCUACAUGGAGGCGGGACGUACUCCAACAGCGGCAACCGUUGGUUUGACAAAACACUGCAGUUUGUGGUGGGCGAGGACGGAUCAUGGGGCCUCCUGUACGAACAGGCCACAGCCGAGGGCCCGCCCAUAGCCACCCUGCUGCACCAUAUACAGGAGUACUGUGAGAAGCCCGACCCGAAGAGGGCGCCGCUCGUUCCUCUGCCGAUGCCCAAGAAGCUCUACUUCCACAUUGACCGGGACAUCAAGAGGGACAUCGAGCAGGCCAAGCAGAACCUCGACAUUCUGAUCAACGACCUCGACGUCCACGUCUUCAACUUCAAAAGGUUCGGCAAAGAGCUUCCUAAGAAGCACAACUUGAGUCCAAACUCCUUCAUCCAGGUGGCUCUGCAGCUGUCCUACUACAGAGUUCACAGAGAGGUUUGUCCUGCCUGCGACAUCGCCUCACAGAGGAUGUUCAGAGGAGGACGGACUGAGUACAUCCGCUCGCCCACAAACCAGGCGCUCAAGUUCAUCCUGGCCUUCGACGAUCGGACCGUAACGAGAGAAGCGAAGCUGGAGCUGCUCAGAGAAGCAGUGGACGCGUACUCAGAGCUGACCGCGCAGGCUCUCAGAGGACACGGCAUCGACCGCCACCUGCUGGGGCUCAAGCUGCAGGCCAUCGAGGAAGGACUCAGCAUUCCCAAAAUCUUCAUGGACACGGCUUACGGCCUGGCGACGCACUGGAAGCUGCGGACAGGACAGGUUCCCACCAACACCGACAGCGUGAUGUGUUUCGGGCCGCUCGUUCCCGACGGUUACGCCAUCUGCUACAACCCACAGGCGGACCACGUCCACUUCGCCGUCACGGCCUUCAACUGCUGCGAGGAGACCAACGCAGAGACUAUGGCUCGCACUCUGAAAGAAACGCUGUGCGACCUGCAGGAGCUGCUGCAGCCUACCGUGUAGCGCUGCUGCAGCCUACCGUGUAGCGCUGCUGCAGCCUACCGUGUAGCGCUGCUGCAGCCUACCGUGUAGCGCUGCUGCAGCCUACCGUGUAGCGCUGCUGCAGCUCACCUGCGCUAAGCGCUGCUGCAGCCUGCAGUGCGGCGCUGCUGCAGCCUCACCGUAGCGCCAAGCUGCUGCAGCCUACCGUAGCGCUGCUGCAGCCUACCGCAUAGCGCUGCUGCAGCUACCGUGCGCUGCUGCAGCCUGCGGCAAAUGUAGAGCUGCAGCCUACCGUAGAGCUGCUGCAGCUCACCGGUAGAGCUGCUGCAGCCUACUGUAGAGCUGCUGCUGCAGCCCACUGCUGCAGCCGUGGAAACUGCUGCAGCCUACCGUGAGCUGCAGCUGCAGAGCUGCAGCCUACCGUGUAGAGCUGCUGCAGCCUACCGUGUAGAGCUGCUGCAGCCUACCGUGUAGAGCUGCUGCAGCCUACCGUGUAGAGCUGCUGCAGCCUACCGUGUAGAGCUGCUGCAGCCUACCGUGUAGAGCUGCUGCAGCAACAAACACAAUGAACCCUCCUUCCAAUAAGGGAAAAAUGUUUUCAAGGUGAACUCGAUCUUUCUGACUAACACUCCAGCAUCAACCAAAGCACAAAAUCACUGCACUCCUCUUUUUACGAGUUGGGAGACAGCCACCGGCCUUCCUGGUACUUUCCACCAUAAAACCACCUUUUGCUCUGUCAGCACAGUUAAUUUGACUUUUGUGGGUUUAAAAAUGGACCAAAGGAGGUUAUAAAUGAAAUGAAGGUUUCUUUUGCAUCUGAGGUAUAAAAAUACACACAGAACCUGAAACAUGAAGCAGGAUGUGCAUCUUAUUGGGGGAAACUUGAUGGUAAAUUCUUUACAAAUGUGAAAGUUUUGACUUUACAUUUGUGUCUUCAUCCAUUUCUGUUUUUAAUUAUGGCUCUGAUUGUAGGUAUGGGCAAGUUAAGGCGAGCAGCUAUUUUCUUACUGCCAUUUUCUGCCUUGCUUGGAAGCACAUGUUCUCGUAUCUUUCCUAAUUUGAAGAGUAAUAGACGGACUUCUGUGCCCAAAUCCUGGAUUACCAACUAAAGGUUCCUAGAAGUUGUGAUCAGCUAAAAAAAAGUAAAUGAGUAGAUACAGAAAUGCUUGUUUUUAUAGGAAUUGUUCCAUUUUAAAACCUGGAUUGAUUCUCUAAUGUGAUAACUAGCAUAACAAUGGCAUUAAAAGUAAUUUCCAUUGUUGGGAUUAAUUAACUUCAACUUGGGAAUGUCCCUGUGGCUGUAUUUUACAUGUUGAGGUUUUCCCACUCGGAUGGCUCUGCAGGCGUUUAUUUAAACCUGCAGGAAUCCUUAAUAAAUAAAGAGUGUGAUCACAUGA